AUGUUUACUACUGACGGCCCUCCUUGUAUUUUCUUUCUUUCUUUCUUUCUUUCUUUCUUUCUUUCUUUCUUUCUUUCUUCUACAACCAACCAACCAUCUUACCUUACACUUCGACUUCCUCUUUUCUUUCGGCCAUUGCAACUUGCCUACCGUCUUCACAUUUUCUUCACACCUCUUGUUGUUUGGCCCUUCGUUUCUUCCCCCUCUUUCUCUUCUUUUUCUAUUGCUUGCUCUUUUUUCUUCCAUUUUCUAUCCAUUGCUUCAUUAUUUUUUACCUUUUUUUAUUUUCACUUCUCGCCUUUUCCUACCAAUUCUUCUAACCUUCUCCCUCUCGCAAUUACCUUUUUCUUUGCAAAGUUUCUUAUCUCUUUUUCUUUCUCUUCGAUUCCUUCCCAGUUCCUUUCUUUUCUUUCCUUUUCAUUCUCUUUCCUUUUAUCUCUAUUCCUUCCUUUUCUCUUCUUCUUUUCUUUCCAUCCUACUCUCCUCACUUUUCUUUUUCCUUCUGUCUUUCAUUAUAACUCGUUCUUUAUUGUAAUUUCUUCUUUCCUUUUCGCUUCACUUGUUUAUAUUAUUUCCCUUUUCUUUUCUUUUUUUCUUCUCUCGAGACUCAUUAGAUUCCCACCUCUCUCUCUCUCUCUCUCUCUCUUUUCUCUCUCUCUUUUCUCUUUCUUUUCUCUCUCUCUCUCUCUCUCUCUCUCUCUCUCUCUCUCUCAAGUACUCCUUUAUAUUCUCUUUCUACACUUUUUAUCACCUCGUGUUUACACUUUUUUUUUUACUUUCUCUUUCUCUUUCUUCUUUUAUAUUUUGUCUUUCUUAUUCUCACCCCCACAACAUUUCUGA